AUGUCUAAAGCCACCAUCGCAGUUAUCGCCGCCGUCAGCGCAGCUACAGGAGCAGGCGUUACGGUCGCAAUGUAUUCUACACGCGCCGAGAAAAAAAACCAAGCAGCGGCAGCAGUAUCCCCAUCAACGUCUGUCUCUGCAACACCCACAAUCUCCGUUCCCGCACCAGUCCCAGCAACAGUCCCAGCCGCGAUCCCAAUAGGAAACAAAGGUGUUAUACUGCCUCCAGUCGACCCCACGGGACUUUUUCAAUAUGGUUUCCCCGGGCCAGUGGCAGACCUCGCAACCCGUUCUGCGCUGGUAUCCUCCUUCGACCGGCGACUGCGAAACCCCAGCUGGGUAGCAGAACAUAUAACUCCCGCAUCCCUCGCCACCUCUAAUGGGGACCGCAAACACAGCAAUUUCGUCGAAGACAGCGCAGUCCCAGAAAAGUUCCGCGGCAAACUAAAAGAUUAUUUCCGCUCUGGCUACGAUAGAGGGCAUCAGGUUCCUGCUGCGGACGCAAAAUGGAGCCAGGAAGCUAUGAACGAUACCUUUUAUCUGUCAAAUAUGUGUCCCCAGGUAGGAGAGGGAUUCAACCGGGAUUACUGGGCGCAUUUCGAGGAUUUCUGCAGGAGGUUGACGGUUAAAUACCCAUCUGUCCGCAUCGUUACGGGACCACUGUACUUGCCCAAACGCGAUACUACGGAUGGAAAAUGGCGCGUUUCGUAUGAAGUCAUCGGGAAUCCACCAAACAUCGCCGUGCCAACGCAUUUCUAUAAAGUUAUCUUCGCCGAGGAUGGGACGACAUCUGGACCCGUCGCGUUAGGUGCUUUCGUCCUGCCUAAUGCACCGAUACCGAACGAGAAGCCGAUUACGGAUUUCGAAGUACCGGUGGAAGCAGUGGAGAGGGCCAGCGGACUCGAAUUUGCGACGAAGCUGCCCGUGCAGAGACGGAAGAGGCUUUGUGCGGAUACGAUUUGUGCGUUGGUUAUUAAGGAGUAUGCGGAUAAGCAGAAGGCGUUUGGGAAGGAACAGAAGGCUGUGACCGCGCCGACAAGGACGAGUCCUAGGAAUAAUACGGGGAGUUCGAGUUUAUGA